AUGCCUGAAGCCGAGAAUCCACAAAAUGUGGAUUUUAGUGAGCCGGUUCCAGAGCCAAUCUCUGCACAAGAGAUGGAAGGCUGUCACGAUACUCAGCUAUUACAUCAAAGCCCAGAGCUAAACACCCGCAUUCAGCCUGUUGCUUCAUUACCCGACCUUGACAACCGACCGAAGCCACAUACUGCCAGUCAGACCACUGGGCUAGGGAUUAUAUCUCAUCGCCUGCAGCCAGCCAGCAUGGAUCCAGAAUUUGCGGAUCAAUCUCCUGUGUACUCUGAUCAGCGGACUCAUGGACCUUCAGGUCUGUCUCUGGAGACACCACCGUCCUCGAAUAGCUUCGAAUGGGAUGAGAGAACGGGAGGAAUGGGAUGA